CUUCCAAACUGUUCGGGUCUCAAUUAUGACGUAAUCGAAAUGCUGUUUUUCAUCGUAUUAUCGUUGUUAUCAACUGUUCUUUCAGCGCGGGAACCCAAACAGGUCACUAUAGCUAACCAAGGCACAAUAUCUGGAAUGUAUAUCACGCGAUUUCGGACGCGGAGGAUCGCAGCGUAUCUCGGAAUCCCGUAUGCACAGCCUCCAGUUGAAUUUAGGAGAUUCAGCCCACCAGAGUACACGGAUUUGCCACAGUGGGAAGGUGUGAGAAACGCGACAGCUUUCGCGCCGGACUGUAUGCAGAGUGGUCCUAAGAAAGAGGACGUCCUGAAUCCACUGAACCGACACGAUGAGCUAUUUACAAAAUUGUUGGAGGGCCAAAUGGAGGAACCGCGGAAGAAAGAGUUUUCAGAAGAUUGCUUGUUCUUGAAUGUGUAUGUGCCCGAUGAUUUAAAGGUUGAAGGUUAUCCAACUAUGGUGUGGUUUCAUGGCGGAAAUUUCGUGCGGGGGAGCCCAAAUUCUAUCAAUCCAUUUCAACUUGUGCUAAAACAAAAGGUUAUAUUUGUCUCUGUGGCUUACCGUCUGAAUAUAUUUGGAUUUUUCUCAACACUUGACAACGAAGCACCCGGUAAUUUUGGCUUAUUAGACCAAGUCGCCGCUUUAAAUUGGGUUAAAAAUAACAUCGAAAGUUUUGGAGGCGAUCCUGACAAUGUUUGUAUAUUCGGGCACGACGCAGGGGCUGUGAGCGUGGGUCUUCAUUUGCUCUCUUCAUACUCAUCAGGGCUCUUUCAAAAAGCAAUUGCUAUGAGUGGAAACGUUCUCUCGCCGGAUACAGUGAAUAUAGCGCGAAAAGAAAUCGUUACAGUUGAUAAAGUUGCAACUGCAUUCAGCUGUUUUAGAAAGCCUACCUACCAACUGCUAGAUUGUCUUAGAAGAGUCAAUUAUCAAGCGCUUUUGGAUAUCGGUGAACCGCUAGCUGAAUGGAAACCUCUUGUCGAUAACGGUUUCAGCAAUAUUUCAGUUCCAUUCCUAACCGAUUUGCCAAGCAAAAUGUUUGAAAAUGAAAUAUUUAGUCCCGUCCCAAUUUUGACUGGCUUCACCAAUAUGGAAGAUGCUCUGUUACUUGAUAAGGAUGGAAGAGAAGAUUCGGGUAUAAGUCAGAGGGAGUUCGAUGUUAUGCGUGAAGAAGUAGUUCUUUCAGAUAUCACAGUGGACAAUAGUUCAUGUUUUACAAACCAACAUCAUAUUCAAGAUGCAGUUGCAUUUUUCUAUAAACCUAUACCACCGACAACGAACGAGACUGUCUUACGAAAACAAUUUCUCGAUUUUUAUACGGAUAAAGUUUAUGGAGCAACGACAUAUCAACUUGCAAAGUAUAUAAGUAAGCACGCUCCUAUUUAUUUAUAUCGGUUUGACUUAAAACCAUUUUCUGAUAUAGCUAACGAAGGUAUCCCUGAUUGGGUGGCAGUUCCGCACAAUUUUGAUUUGAUUUUUACAUUUGGGAUGCCAUAUUUACCACUACCUGAAGACUUGAAUAAAUGGGACUAUAGAGAUAAGAGCAUAUCGGAUAUAAUAAUGAAAAUGUGGACCAAUUUUGCAUGGUAUUCGAAUCCGACGAACUCUGGAGUAAUCAUACAAUGGAAUGCUUUUGAAGUGGAGAAACCCGGUUUCUUUAUAAUUGAUAGGAAAAAUUUUACAAUGAGCACUCCAGAUACAGUGAAUUAUAAAGCGUUUGAGUUUUGGACAGAUUUUUAUCCAAAAGUUGUGGAAAUUGGAACGAAAUGUUGUAAAGAAAUUCAAGAAGAUUCAGGAGCUAGCAUUAAUACAUUAGAAUAUGUUUUACAAUUGAUGGUUAUUUCUUUAUUUUGUUUAAUAUUUUCACAUAAUUAAGGAUGCAAGAUAUCUUAUAUAUUAUUUUUGUAAGUAGUCUAUUUGAUAAAGAUAAGUAUAACACAUUAUUUAAGUUAUGUACAUAUUACUUAUUUGGAAAUAUAUUUAGCUGAAUAUUUAA